CUCUCUCUCCUUCACAUGAUGGCGGUUUCAGUGGAUGGCAUACCUAAUGCAAUUAAGAACUAUUAAGCCAAAGACAGGAUGUCACUCGUAUGUCUUUGUCUGGUUUGCCAAAUUGGAGACCAAAUCGAAGCUUUUUUUGACUUUGAAAGGCGCGCAAAGCCCAGCCCAAACAAUAGAAGAAAAUGGUUGCCUGAAGAAGCGAAGUCUUACAGAUGGUUGGCAAAAAGAACAGGGCGGGCAAGCUUGGAGACGUGAGAGCAGCAAGGCACAAUCACACCAACGAAGCAGGAUGAAGUUGAAUGAAGAAGGGAAGAAGAGCAGUGCGGCCACUAUUAGGAAAAGAGGGAGCCGGACGAGAGGAGGGGGAGGUGAAGCCGGGAUUUAGGGUCCAGAUGCCGCUCAACGUCCAAGUCGCGGCGGCGCUAAUGAAAAAUCACAGUCGCUGCCAAUGGCCAGGAUAGCGAUGUACAGCGCAUGUACAUUGGACCCUACGCCGCGAUCUCGUGGAGGGAGCUUUACUUUUUGCAACACGCGCGCCAAAAAAUUUAGUUCUGUUGGGGAUAAGUCCAGAAUUUCCCCUUGCCCCAGAGCAACGACCAAACCCCAC